AUGGUCUCCAUCAAGUUAGCGGCCGUUGGUGCCCUUCUGGCAACUGCCCAAGCCCAAAUUCGUCACCCCAAUGAGGACCUGAUUCUUGCCGAUUGUGGCAUUGGCGACAACAAAGCCCACCCUGGAUGGUCUACUUCUCGCCAGGUGAACUGGUACCAGGAUAUUCAGUGGCCUGACGAUGUCUCCAAGUUUCCCCCUCCACCUGAUCUGGAGGUUGAAGUUCCUUACGCAGAUGGAACCUACCCCUGGAAUCCCAAGGGAACCACCGUCAAGCUGUCUAAUGGUGUCGUCUGGACAGCUUACAUCAACCCAAGAAUCGCUGACGGUCAACCAGCUGGGUCUGCCGUCACCACCAAGGAAGGUGGUCAAGAACUUACCUGCUAUGCCUACCGUGGUCGCCCUGUCAGCGCAGCCAUCAACACGACUGUCAACGCUGAUGCGGUCUGCUUGACUGCCUUUGUCUGCAACCGAGAUAACCGCGCCCCCCCUCGUCCCAGUGGCAUGGAAAAUCCCACUUCUACCUUGGAAACAUCUUCUGCUCCGCCUGCCACGACUACAUUUGUCUCACAGCCGCCAGCGACACCUACUCCCACAGGUGGUGAGCCAAACCCUCCAGCUGACCCCAAUGCUGGCAAGCUAUUUGUGUCUAUUCUCCUCAGCCCUCGUUUCAUCAAUUGGCCCAACACUUGGCAAGCGUUUAUCGAGAAGUUUUCCUGGGAUCGGAACACUGGAAAGUGCGUGGGUGAACCGGUGAAAGGAGACGGGUACACCAUUAACAUCGACUGUGCUGGCAUCCAAAUUGAUUCUGACUCUCAUAUGACGCUUAUCAUGAUCAAAGCUCUCCAUGACCUUGGCAUGAAUAGCACAUUCUUCAACCAGAACCCAACCGUACCAGGAAAGCGCAACUCCACAGCGGAUCAUUGGGUGGUCAUGCCUGAGUCUUUCAGUCUGCAGGCCAUUGAUGUUUCUCAUCAGAAAACCAUCGGAUACCUCGCAUACAAUACUACAUACGACAAUUUCCUCACUGGCCCCUGCUCGUCUUGCCAAUCUGAGCGAUUCAACAAGGAGUUCUUUGAUCCGGUUCUGGAAGCUGUCAAGGGAACCUACCCUCUCUACAACAGCUACAACAUUCAGGCCCAGUGCAGUCCGUGGAUGGCAUGCUGGUAA